GCAGUGGGUGGAUUUCAUCAGAAGACUGCUGCUGCUCCAGAGCACUCGGAAUUUAUUUGGGCCAGUUGUGCGCAGGAGCCGAAACAGGAAACACGUCGUAGUUGCGUUGUGCCGAGACUGCAGCGUAAAAUUGUCAUUGGAAUUGUCCAGUAAUAGAGUGCUAAAAGGGUUCCCACAAAAAUAACAUGAAACUAACCAUCGGUGGAAUGUCCAUGGCCAGGCUACAAGGAUUGGGGAUAGGCGUCAACCUAGCCAUUGUUAUCUCAUCGCUCCUGGCACUUUUUGCAACUGCCGCUCACGGGCUACAGCUGCCCGUCUUCUCAACCAAAACGCCAAGGGUCAGCAAGUACACAACAAAAUCGCCAUCGGCCUCGUCGAUGAAUCAUGAUGCUACUGCCUCGCUUUAUCGCUUCAAUGCCACCAACGGCAUCACCUGCAUCUUGAUGCAAGUGGACGGCCUGAUCAGCAUCAAGUAUCGGAACAAGCUGAACGAGGACGUGGAGGCGGAUCUGUAUAUGCCGGACGAUCCCCAGUUGAGUGGCGAGUGUGUCGAGUCGAAUCUGGAGAUACUGACCAUGGACUUUAAAGGUUUCCGCCUGUCCAUGACAUUCAAAAAGUCACCUGGCGGCGAGGGCUGGUACAUCAACCUGUUCGAGCUCAGCUAUUCCUCCUCGAACCCACUCUUCGAGCACCCCGAUCGCCCAGGACUGGACGUGAAACUAACCUCGCCCGCCCAGUCACUCAUGUACUUCCCGACCCCAGUCGGAAAGUCCUACGUUUGCGACAAGGAACAGGCUGUGAUUAUGUACGCCCCCCAUGAUUCCGGCGACCAGUCCGGUCAUAUAGCCCGUCUCUAUCUGCGCGAUAUGCACAUGCAGAGCUUCAUGUUCAAGGACAGCGGCAAGUGGGGUCCGUCGUUCCACUGCAGCGCCACCGGAUCUUAUCGCGACGAGACGGCGCCCCUGGCCGUGGGAACAGCUCUGGCCAUCGCCGUACUGCUAACCAUAUCGGGCUACGGCGGCUGGAGGUACUUCAAAAUCAAGAAGGUCCAGUACGGAUCAAUGGAGUGAGGCUAUGAAGUGAAGUAAUGCGUUCGUUUUCGUUCAACUAUUUGAUCAUAUCGUUGUCUACACAUAUCCCCCACGUUUGUUGGAUCUAUUGCAAUCCUGUAGUCCUAUAAUUUAAAAAAAAAAACAUUAAGAGUCUAAAAUGCGAAUUGCGAUUCUGUCUGGGGCAGUUUACGAGAAAAAUAAUUGAGAAAGUAACUAAAGAUACAUAUAUGAGAAAUGCAAAUGUCUUCCAUAUUGUUAAAGUAUAAAAUAAUAGUGCACCGUAUAUAUGAUUAUUAAAUGUUAAUAUAUAUAUAUGAAUAUACAUCAUGGAUAACCGAAAACAAAUUAUUAUUUAAAUUAUUUAAAUGGUAAAACAAUGCUUAGCGAAAGACCAAUGUUGGCACAGUGGACGGCGAAUCUUAUACUCUCCUGUUUCAGAAAAUUUUUAAAAAAGAAAAACCUAUUACCGAAUACGAAUACUCUCUCGUUUUAUAUGACACAUUUUUGAAAUGAUAUCUCCUCCUGCACCUCCUCUAAAAACAUUCAUUACAUUACAAGUUUGUCUCUUUGCCAAUUGAAAUAUUGAAGAAGGAUGUGAGUGGGGAAGGGCUUUUGUUUAUAUAACUAGUAUUAAAGAGUUGAUAAAAAAAAUUUGAAAAUAAAAUCUGAUGCCUGC